AUGUCUCGACGAAGGGUCGUCCUUGCCUCCGUGGAAGCCGGCGCACUGCUGGUGGUGGUGGCGUUCCUGCUGUGCCUGUGCGUGCCCCCGGUGCGCGCGACGCCGGCCGGCGCGGGUGUCACCGAGUUCCCUGGGUUCCACGGCGAGCUCCCCUCCAAGCACUACGCCGGGUACAUAACAGUUGGGCAUGAACAACAAAAUAGACAUCUUUAUUACUAUCUUGCCACUUCGGAGAGGAACCCUACUUUAGAUCCCGUGGUCAUAUGGAUAAAUGGGGGUCCAGCAUGUUCAGGGUUUAGUGCGUUUCAUCAUUCUAUCGGACCAUUCAAGAUCGAGUACUCCCACGUUCAUAUCAAAGACAACCCACGAGUUACUACGAAUCCUUACUCAUGGACUAAGAUGGCUAGCCUCCUUUUGGUUGACUCGCCAGCAGGUGCGGGCUACUCUUACGCUGAGAAUGAAGAUGACUACAUAACAAAUGAUACAAACAGAGUUGUGGACUUAUAUGACUUCCUGUCAAAGUGGUUCGCUGAAUAUUCUGAAUUUCAGUCAAAUCCAUUCUACGUAGCUGGAUGUUCUUACAGUGGAGUGCUAGUACCGGUACUUGCACAGGAAAUUCUACAGAGAAAUGAAGAGUCCUAUGGAAUGAAGAUAAACUUCAAGGGGUAUUCCUUGUGUAAUCCUGCUGUUGAUGUAGACAUAGAGAACAAUGCCCAUGUUCCAUAUGCAUUUCGAAUGGGGUUGAUUUCGGAUGAAUUGAUUCAGAGCUUGGUUACUACAUGUAAUGGAAAAUAUUGGAAUAGCUCUAGUCCAUCAUGCCAAGGGAACAUGGAGCAAUUUUAUAUGCAAAUUAAAGGCAUAAACAUGGAGCAUAUUCUGUGCCCACCAUGUCGAUACAAGAUGGGAAUAACCAAAGAAUUUAUGGAAUAUGAUUCUGGUCAAAUGUUUGAGCGGAUUUCUAAAACAUCCGAGCAUGGUUUAGAGUGCCAUGAUCAAGAACAAGCCCUCCAGAAACUUUUUGAUCCAAAAUUGGGCAGAGAAAAACUGCAUGCAAAACAGACUGAAGUAUCAGGAACAUGGAAGAGGUGCCCCAACCAUAUUCAAUACACGAGGGAUAUCCUAACAUUAACGGAGUAUCACUUGAAUGUAACAUCCAAAGGUUAUAGGGUGUUCUUCUAUAGCGGUGAUCAUUCUUUGCUCGUUCCUUUUACUGCAACUAUGGAGUGGCUGAAGAAAUUAAACUUCAAGGAAACUGAGAAAUGGCACCCUUGGUUUGUGGAGAAUCAGAUUGCUGGGUAUUCAAUGAGGUACGGGAGCAAUAUAUUGUUUGCGACAAUAAAGGGGGCCGGCCAUGUUCCAUCGGACUAUUUGCCAUUUGAAGCGUUUGUUGCCUAUCAGAGGUGGCUAGAUGGAGCUAAUUCUUUGUGA